AGUUACUGGGACCCCGAUGACAUUGAGAACCAAAGACUUCACCCCUUCUCUCCACUGCCACUCCCAGUGAACAGGCAGUCAAUACCUAGCAGCUGAAGUUGAGGACAGACUCCUGUCAUAAUGAAGCUGGUUUGGACCCUUCUCCUUUGCUUGGUGUUGGUGGUGAAGCUGUCCUGCUCUCAGGAUGAGGGUGAAGUGGUGGAGGCAGAGGCCCUCCAAGAGCAUGCAGUAGGCCCACGCGGUGAGGCAGACACUCCCAGCGUGGUAGUGGACGAGAGGAAACCAUGUGCCAGCUGGAUGGGAGGUGUGCCAGGAACCCCUGGACACAAUGGAGCCUCAGGGAGAGACGGCAGAGACGGGCGAGAUGGAGCAAAGGGAGAGACAGGAGAACCAGGUGCACCUGGAGAAAAGGGUGACACUGGAGAGCCUGGACUUACUGGUCCAGAGGGACCCCGUGGCUUCCCUGGCACCCCAGGCCUGAAAGGCGACCUAGGAGAGAGUGCCCUCCUCUACCGCUCUGCCUUCAGUGUGGGACUGGCAGACCGCACCCCCAUGCCCAAUGUGCCCAUCAAGUUCAACAAGAUCUUCUACAACGGCCAGAGGCACUACGAUGACAGCACAGGCAAGUUCCGCUGCUCCAUCCCCGGAGUGUACUACUUCACCUACCACCUCACCGUCUACCUGAAAGACGUCAAGGUCAGCCUGUACAAGAGUGACAAGACCAUCAUGUUCACUUUCGACCAGUUCCAGGAAAACAACGUCGACCAGGCUUCCGGAUCCAUCAUCCUGCACCUGGACACAGGGGAGGAGGUCUGGCUUCAGGUGUACGGAGAAGAGGCCUAUGCGGGAAUCUAUGCCGAUAACAUCAAUGAUUCCACAUUUUCUGGAUUCCUUCUCUACCCUGAUAUGAAAACACCCAAUGGAGCUCGCUAAAGGGAUGUUGGUGCAGGAGGGGCCGUUGAAGGCAUUAUCAGUGUAUACUUAUUACAAUCACAUCAUUCUUUUAAGGUUUGCAAUACUUAAAGUUCUAUCAAAUGCCCACUUUGGACAACAACAGAGAGAGCAUCACAACAAGCUGGUUGUUUUAAUGAUUUCAUUAAUUAGGUGUGUGUUCCAAGUGUUUUUAGGGCUCCCAAAAUGUCUUUCUGGCCUUAGUUGAUGCUUUUGGAUGUAUGCAUGGGGGUUAUUAGUGUAACAGGAUGACCCACGUCAUUUUAUUUAGGCACUAUUUAUUAAUAUUUUAAAUGACAGUAAUCAUGUUUUGAUUUAUUACCUUUGAUUUAAUGUUAGUUUGUUUUGAUUUUAUCACCUUGUUUUAAAGCACGUUUAUUUUGUAUUGCACAUUGCUUCUGUAGUUUAAGCCCAUAUCCCACUGGCACGUUGAUGCUCUCCUGUUCUCAGCCCCCAUAAGUGUCAAUUGGAUCAUUUGAAGAAGCUGAACACCUUUCAUCCAUUUGAGAGAUUGGAUUUUGUCGUUGAUGUGAACCCGGGUUUGUCUGGCAUGGAGGUUGGAUGCACAGCCAGCAAGAGCAGAGAAGGAAUUAGACUUGUUUGUUUUGGGCUGUGCUUCCUGUCUCCCUCUGCGUGUGUGUAUGUUUUUAACCAUUUUAGAUUUAGUAUUUUUUAAAAGGUUUUGGGGAGUUUGCAGGAGUGCUGGAGAUGGGGAGCUUUAAAGUAUUGGUUUUAUUGUAGUUUUUGUUAGCCUUGUCUCCGCGAUUGUAUUGAGCAGAACUGCACUUUGUUCUGUAAUUAACUAUUUAUUGAAUAGUGCACACCCCAUGCCAUGACCGUGUAUUAUAUCCAUCCAUCCAUUAUCUGCUUAAUCCUUUACAGGGUCAUGGUGAGCUGGAGCCUAAGGACCCUGGCGCUGUGAGGCAGCAGCGCUAACCACCAGGCCACUGUGCCUCCCACUGUGUAUUCUAAAUUUGUCCUAUUUGACAAAUACAUAGUUAACCACCUGUUUGUAAUAAAACAAUGUUUAUUGCCCUGCA